AUGUCGCGAGUGGAACAGGCAGCAAAAGAUUAUGGACCAAUAUGGCCCAUGCUAUUGGAUUAUAGUCGCCGGGAAUGUUACCAAAUCCUUCGGCGAUUAGAAUUGGAAGCGUACGGUCGGAUUGUGGCCGUUUUUAGAGCACAGGGCGCCUUGACAAAUGAGAAGCGGAAAGUUCUACACAAGUUGCAAGGAUUUUUCGGUAUUUCUACUGAACGUCACAAAGCCGAGGUUCGACGGGUGGUUAACGAUGAAGAGCUUGCAACCAUAUCAGAAACGUUGUGUGGCAAAGAAGCCAGUGAUGAUUGGAUAUCUGAGGGGAAACGGAUCGUGCCCAUUUUGCAUCGUCCCAGUCCCGAAACUGCCUACCUAGAUGUAGCGAACAAAGCAUCCCAGGAACAUUCUACACUUAAUUCUGGACUUCCUCACCCAUCCGAUACCGCCUUAUCCGAAUCGCAGCUUGGGCGGAUUCGAAGAAACUAUAGGCUUUUCGACUUGUCACAAACAAAAGCUCCUUCCUCUAAAACCGUUACUUACGAUAAGGCUACGGAAACCACAAGAAGCCUACAGGGUUCUCCUGCACAUGUUCAAAUGGACGUUGAUGAAACUAUCUCAGGAUUAGUUCCUCGGGUCGAGUACGAAGUGACGUGUGAGACGGAUUCAAUCGGACCGGUUUAUUUGCAGGCUGGUAUCUUGAAUGGUCACAUACAAUCCGCAAUGCCCGCUCAUGGACAAUCCGUAUCGCUUCGCACACAGAGAGAAUCUUCUAGAGGUGACAAUGCUAAUCAUCAGCUUACGGGUGCUGUCUUACAUCGUUCACCUCAAGAAGUCACAUCAUAUUGCACGGUUGACAAAGAUAUCAAUUCCUACAAGCCGGUUGAUCUUGUUUCAACCUCACCAGCCAAACCGGGUGCACCCCCGCUAACAGUGAUUAAUGCUCAUUCACCGAGGAAGCGUUGCUUUUCCGCAACAGUGCCGUAUGAGACUACAACCACAUGGAGCGCAGUCAACGUGGUAUAUACUCCAUCCACUGCUGCUACUCCCACAAAUAGGCGAACUUCAUACUCCCAUUUAACCGGUACUGUCACAAGUCCUCCGGACAAUCAACGCAUCCCGAGUUCCACGGGUGGCACUGGUACACUGCGUGUCGCGCAACCAACGAUGGGUUCUGGUCAACUAAUUCAAACACCUAGUUUAGGAAAAACGGUUCCACAAGCCUCGGCUAUCGUAACCCCACCCGGAACUCCUCAAGUAACGCGACCACAAACAUCGUUGGUCAUGCAGGAAGCGACUGCAGCCUAUCAGCGUAUCCCCUGUAGUUCGGUCGGCACGCUGUUCGUCUCCACCAGACCCACACCCUCAACCCUCGCACGAAAAUAUCCUAGUGCACUAUAUCCCCAGACAAAUAGUUUUAAAUCUCCAAACGUUGGAUCACGCCUCCAUGCCACUCCUCCCCGCCCUUCGACUGCGGUGCGAUCUACUUCAGACCCUCCUGAAUCUGUUACUCGCCAACUUUCCGUGGCCCCGAGUCCGACUAUAUCUUCUGUCCAAAGUUUACACGGGGUGUCCACUCCCAAUCGAAUUCAAGGAGUGAACACUGUAUUCAUUCCUAGUCCGGACUCAUCCCGAGUCGUGUCUACCUCUCCGUUCCCGAAACAUUCGACUUCUCUCGUCACUGUUCCUACAAACCAGCUCCUCACUGGUCCACCAAAAUCCGAUCAGCUAUCCGAUGUUCCUACCUCUCAAAUGACGAAGCGAUUGGUUUACCCACCAAACACUAGUAUGUUUGUUCCCUCCACAUCUUCGACCUCAGUCUCUGGGUCAUCGCACAACAUCACGAGCAACAAUGUAGUUGUUUUUCAGAGGACUGCCAAUCGGAAUAUUGCACUUCCCGCUGCAGCUGCCUUGAAAGUUGGCACGUCUGUGAGUUCUACACAACCUCCGGGCAGCAAUAUAGUCUCCAGUGGGGGCGUUCCUUCGUCUACUGGAAGUCGUCAGUUGCGCAUACUUGGUGUAUCUACGGUAUCACCCUCCCACCCGUUGUCAUUUACCGCUCCUGCCACUACCGAGUCGUCGUCCACUCCGGAAACCCCUGUGGACAGUGAAAGAAAGGUGGGUUUCCUGAACGAUUUUCUCCCCGCUUCCCUGUCCAUUUUUUCUCUUGUGCAUUAUACUUGUCUUAUUUUGUUGAUCUUCCAGGCAGAGCUCAGUGUUACUUCGCAGUCAGAAGACUUUAUUCCCUCGCUUCUUGCCCGGGCAUCUCGUCUCGGUGCUAUGCUCGACGUUGAUUUAGACGCAGAUGAAGUGCCUCCCGAGCCGCAGUCUGAUGCGGACGUCCCUCAGUGCGCAGCCACCACUGGCGAUUUUCCUCAAACUGAUGGUAUGGACUCUGAGAGUUGUUGGACUCAGUUGAAUCGUGAUGCCUAUUACGCGGAAUCCAACUCUCCAUCAUCUGUUAACGCCUCAUGUAACACACCAGAAACCUCAAACUCGGUAGAGCUCCUUCCAGAGGAUCCAACAUCGAGGUGGCAGACAUUGAAGGAUCUGCUAACCUACCUGAAGCAGGUUGCCAGUUCAUUUGUACACUGCGCUGCCUCAGAUGAGCCAGAACCACAUACACUAAAGAAAAGUUUCGCUCCCGAUUGCCAUCUACUGGAUGCCUUACGAACUGUACGCCAGCUUGGUGCCUCUCUGUGUACACUAGGCGAGGAACGCGGUGAAACAACCGAAGCGUUAACUCUUACCUUGACCACCGUAACGAAUUUCUUGGAUGCUUUAUUAUUGGUGUUAUUCAAGGGCAAACAAGUAUCCGUGCAUUGGUUGUCUGUCGAUGCCUCUAUUCAGUCUUCAGCUGCACUUGCACUGUCCAUUAGUCUCCAAUGUUUGUCGAACACUUUGGCCGCAUUUCAAACGCUGGAUAUUGAAUACCCUUCGACCACUUUGAUGUCCUUAACCGCCGUUGUGCUCUCCGGAUCGAGGACGCGAUUGUUACUCACGCAAACAAUUCUUCAUUCGUUCCAAUCUGUAACAGAAGAACAGCGCCAUCGAAUAAUCAGCUACUCCAGUUACUUACUUUAUUCUCUUCUCCGUGCAUUUCAUCAAGUUGGACUGUCAGACUCUGUCAAGAAUCUCGUCUGCACAAAAUUGAUUCAUGAGCCACUAGUGUUUAGCUCUCUGUGCCACUUAUCGAGCCAUGUGCUAGUGAUUCAGGAAGGUUUUUUGAGGAAUACGCGCUUGCAUGUUCAACUAUUGCUUCAUCAAGUUGCGGAUACGCUAGAUAAUUAUCCGUGCCGGGAGCCUGACCAGAGGAGCAGCUCCGUUUCGCUAGACGAUGUCCUUCAAAGUACGGGUAUUGUCUUGUGGCUGCGACAGCGGGCUGCGCAAGCUGAAUUCCAACAAUCACAGACAAAUAGUGGCAGAGUAGUGUCUCUUCCACAUACUUUACCUGCCUGUCUCUUGUUUUGGCAUGCCUUUCUCCAAGAAAGCGACCAGACGGCUGCCACUAUGGGUGUUAUUCUUGACUAUUUGUCUCAGAAACUGAAGUUAUCCUAUGAUUCGUGGUUCCAAGCUCUAACCACAGCUGUGAUCACUGCUGAUGAUCCACAGGAUCAUGAAUUUCCCUAUGCUCAGUUGCGAGGGCUCGUGCACGUAUUGGCCGAAGCGAUUUUUUCCAAAACACGUUAUGCCGAUCCUCUGAGCGGGAGCUCUACUCCCAUUUCCUGUUUUUCACAGGAAUCAGAUGCUUUUCAAUCACUCAUGGCUGGUCAAGGUGUACAGCUGUGGGACUGUUUAUGUGACCUACUUGUUAUGCUAAUUGUGACCUCCAAGCACUUGGAAGUUCAUUUUGCUGCUUCCAGUUCAUGGAUAGAGCAACAUCCCGUGAGGACAGUUGGGGGUUCCAAGUGCACCGUUUACCCAUCACGCAUAGCUGAGGUUUUGUCGCGUCAAAGGGCAAUGAAUGUAGUGCCCAGAUGCUUCGGUUUACGUAGUUUGAAGUUCACCAAGAUGUUGCUAGCUACGGCCUAUCUCGGACGGACUGCUAGCAACCGCCUAUCGAGUGACAUGGCACAGUCCACCGCUUAUGAUCAGUCCAAGGAAUCAGCUGUUGGAAACGAGUUAUUACAGCGCUAUUUUCAUAACAGUGUCCUUCAGUGCAAACUGAGGGAGCUGGUUGAGAUUGCAGCUGCGGAAGCUCAACUUGGUCGUUGGCCCAGUGCUUCACACCCCAGUUCGACCGAGGUGGAACCUUUACAACAGCACUUAACUGAACCAUUACAGCGACACUUGAAUCUCACUCUUCCAGGCGUGCUAAAAAUUUUACGCUUCGUGUGUUCGAUCAGCCGCGAAACGCUAGAACAUUAUACAGAAAACACACGUUCGACAAGUCACGGUCAGUUUCUUUUGGAACUGUUGAAUCCCCAUCGCCUGUUGGUCAACCUAUACGAUCCGCUUUCGCAUGUUGGCAUUCGCCAACCAAGCAGAUUACUGUAUGCGUGUCCCGGACUGCUUUUGGGUUGUAGUAUUCCCGUUCAAACAUCGUGUGACACUUUGGAGACGUCGCAUACUUCGGAAAGUCGCAAGCGUACAGUGGUGACGGAUGCUUUGGAUGAACUUAGCAGUCUGCUACCGCGCAAUGACUGUAUCUCGUUACUAAAUCGUUUUCCGGGUGUUUUACUGCGACCGAGAGAAGAACUCAAUGAGCUCCACACAUACCUCGUUGAAAAAAUGGGUCUACUCUCAACCGAAAUUGUGCGUGCGUCGCGGACACGAACCCAGAGCCAUGCCUUGAGACACGCCACCGGUUUGCGUCUGGUCAACUGUCCUGCAUGGUGUUUACCGAUCGAGCGAGUGCGGACUCGACACUCACUAGCACUCCUAACUGGUUGUUGGCCGCUGAGCAAGGCUGGCACUUCCUACGAAGUUUUUCUCAGCUCCAUGGAUGUGAACAUUUUUGAAUCCAUCUUAUCAAAGACUGCUUUUGGUCCAGAACCAUCAGGCAAAGGGUGGAGGAUACAUGAACUGGCUGAUUAUGCACCCCCGGAUGAGGAACCCACACAAACUACUGAUGCUCAGACUUAA